AUGAUCGCCAUCAACACUAAGGUUUUACUGUUGGCCAUUGGCCUUCUUGUUGCCGACUCUGCGCUUGCCAGUCCUUACAAGCCUAGGUCCUCCAUCGGUUCUACGACGCAGCCCACUUCGACUGUCGAGGAAACACCUACAGUCGCAUCAUCUGAAACAUCCACCGAGACUGGUGCUAUUACCAUGACCGCCCCUGACACAACCGCAGCCUCGGAAGCGGAGACAACAACUGCUGUGGAAUCUACCACUACGACAGCCGAGGCUGAGAGCACGACUACCACCACCGUGGCGCUAUACAAGGCGCGCCCCUCACAGGCAUCGACCAAGAUGAUAUGCGCAUACUACGGCUCUGCAAACACGAUCUUUGACCCUGCCAACUUUGCAUUCUGCCAGAAUGGUAACACUGGGCCCAACACGGCCUUUGAUUACAUGACCUGCCAAAUCGUCAGCGGCAAGCUCUCUUGUACUGCGCCCCAAGCUGCGUGCCCAACAGAUGACGACGGCGUAUCCCUAGGCUGCACCACUGUGGAUGGCCAGUUGAAUAAUGAGUUUUACUACAAGACCCAGCCGGGCCUUGGUACCUACUUGUAUAUAUCCAGUGGCAGCCCGAAUGGCUAUACCCCUGUCAACGUCAUUGCCCAGGAAGCAUGA